AUCGUAGGUUCGGUCAUUGCUUAUCACCGACUUGACCGGAGUUUACUGGUUAUUGGUUAAGUCCGCCAGAAUCAGCCCCAAGUACAUACUUCGGAUGUAAACCACUAUCCCCAACUUAUAAGGCUGCACAAUGCCGUUCUUCAGUCUGAAAUAGCAGACGAAAAAGCACAUUCAAACCCAAUCAAUUCCUCCGUUCUACCCUCCUCACUCCUCUCACCAUGGCUGGACAACGAAUCUUCAUGACCGGCGCCAGCGGCUACGUUGGGUCCAUGGUCGCUCAAAAGGCCCUCGCCCGAGGCUACGAAGUCUACGGUCUCUCGCGCACCGAAGCCAGCGAUGCCAAACUGAGCGCACAGGGCAUAGUGCCCGUCCGCGGGGACCUCACAUCGGUGGACGUUCUGCGCGAGCAAAGCGCCAGUGCUGACAUCGUCCUUCACCUAGCGGAUGCCUUCGCCGGGUUCCAAAACAGCUACGACGAGGUCUUGCGCAUCGACGCCAGCGCUAUUAGCGCCUUUGCGGCUGGCAUGGAAGGAAGCAAUAAGCCACUGGUGGCGACCUCCGGCACGCUAGUGGUUGCGGCCACGGGGGCCGAAACGACGGAAGAGUCGCCGCUCAACGAGAAGCCUCUGAAUGACCGGAUCAAGUCGGAGCAGAAUUCGCUGAAGCUAAGCGAGAAGGGCAUCAAGGUGUCUGCGCUUCGACUGGCGCCUUUCGUCUACGGGCGGGGCGGUAGCGGCGUGCGACUGUUCAUGCAGAUGUUUGCGCAGUCCGGGGAGGCCGUGUACAUCGACGACGGCGCGGCGGUGACUUCGGCGGUGCAUGUGGACGAGGCGGCGGAAUUGUAUCUCCUGGCUGCGGAGAAGGCAGAGACCGGGGAGGUCUUCAACGCCGUGUCGAGCACGGUGACGUACCGGCAGUUGACGGAGGCCAUGGGCGAGAUCAUGGGUCUACCUGUUCGCUCCAUGCCUUCGAGCGAGGCGGCGGGCCAACUGGGCGAGUUUGUGACGGGGUUCUUGUCGACGGAGAAUAAUGCAUCGGCGGCCAAGGCGAAGAAAGUUCUGGGAUGGGCCCCGACGGCAGCAGGGAUCUUGGAGGAUGUGAGGCAGGGAUCGUACGUGGCCGUGGCGGCGGCGUUGCAGGCGUCGAGGGCAGCAUGAGAGGACGGUGCAUGGAGAUAGAAAGACUAGAGAUAAAGAGUUUAAACCCGAGAAUAAAGUGGUCGUGUCAGGUGACAGUGUCAGUGACAAGUCAGUGACAGUCGCGUCUCGUUCGAGCAUCGCCAGCGGCUCACCUCAGGGCAGCGUCGCCUUCUUCUCUCCCCCGGACUCUCCCCUCCAGCCAGUCAAGACGCAUCAAAAACCAAAGACCGCGGUCUGGACGGAUUGCUAACGGAAAUUAGACGGCUUGGCCGAUCUGCCUCUCUGUGCGUCCACUCAAAUUGCAAUCCCUCCGUUUUCCCCGCAAUGCAACCCGCCAGUCUCGUGGCCUUUCUCUCCAGUCCGUCCUUCUGACUUUUCUCCGGCCGUCUUCUUUAACCUCUUCCUCACUAGCAUCGCAAUCCUGGCACCGUGCGGACCAUUCGGGGCAUGUUCCUGGCGUCCAGAG